UAUGCGUCCUGGAUUAGAAAAGGAAGCGACCAUUCUCUGAACAACAGAAAGCUAACAAGUUAGCCGUUUUAUAAACAAGACAAGCAAAUCCUUCUUGUCGUCCUUCCGCCUUGUAAUAGUGUGAAUGAGCCCAACUCUUUGGCCAGACUGUCUACAUCAUGUCACCGGAGCUGGAGGCUCUUCCUUCCUCCGGUCCAGUCAUGUCGGUGGGUGUCGUUAGUUUCGCCUGAGCUCCUCUCCCAGCUCCACUGCUGCUGCUGUUGCUCUCUCUCUCUCCUUACAGCCACAGCAGCUAUUAGCACCAAUGGUUGGAGCUCAUUUCAAAAGGAUUGGCUCUGUUGGAAGUAUUCGCACUUUGAAACAAGACCGCUGCCAGUCAGAGAUCGUGAUGCACAGCACUGGAGAAACCUCCCAGGGUUCGGGGGAACGGGGGGAGCUAGUGCACUCGUUCUCUAAAGAGAAUCCUGGGUCUCCGGAUGCCUCUGAGUUAGGGAGUCCACGCUGCCCUCCAAACUUUGACCUCCUAAACAUGGUGGUUUCCUACAAGAGAAUGGCUCUGUUUCUAGAACCAGUGGUAGAUGCAGUGGAGCUGAUCCGGUAUCUUCUCGGAUGGAAAAUGCCGGUGUGCUCUUUUCUUGUGUGGAUAUUCCUCAAUGUCUUCUUUUGCACAGUUACUAAAGUUUUUUUUUCUUCUUUGGUAUCAGCUGGCUGGUUCAUAGUGAUUGCAGUGGCAGUUUCAGCACCUGCUGCCCUGGGUUACCUGCAGGACAGGUGUGGGAGCAGAGUGUCUGAAGCUGAGCUUCAGAAGAGGCGUUUUCACGCUGUGCAUCGUAGAGACCUGCAGACGGUGAACCUCACCAAACAGGAGGCCAUGCUGGAAAUCAAAGACCUGCUGAAGCACUUGGAUGAGAUGUUGUCCUCUGCUUGUCGGUCAGCGGAAGCUAUUUAUAAGGUCUUAUACUGGGAUGAUCAUGCCACAUCAUCAAGGUUUUACGGCGCAUUGCUAAUAGUGGUGUGUCUGCUCUAUGUUGCUCCUUUGGGCUGGGUGCUUGCAGGGCUCAACAGUGUUGCCUUCCUGUGGAACAAAGACUUCCACAGAGUUUUGUUGGAUGUGAGGAACCUGCUUCCUCUGGGCCAGACACAGACCUCAGAGGGGAUGAGUGAGGAGCAGGAACAGGGCAAUACAGCGGACCAGACCCCCACACCCACCAGCCUGGAGGACCUCUCUCCUGGCAGCAUAGAGGAAGCUGAAGAGGCUGAGCCAGAUGAUGAAUUUAAGGAUGCUAUUGAGGAAAAUUCAGUUGCUUUGCAGGAAACCCCUUUGCUGUCAUUGGAGGAUGACGACGGGCCUCUUGGAGCUCCUGAAUAUGACACAGUUUCUGAGAACGGCUUCUUAAGUCGAAAUGAACCAAUACGCAGCAAGGUGUCCAAACUGACGGAGAGAUUGCGGAAGCGCUAUCCUACCACCAGCACAGGCAACUGUUCCAGCUGCAAUGCUGUCUUCUCGGUGCUGAAGAAGAGGAGGAACUGCAGUAAUUGUGGCAACAGCUUCUGCUCCCGAUGCUGUUCCUUUAAGGUGUUGAGAUCCUGCAUGGGGGCAACAGCUCCAGAGGCGCAGAGAGAGACCGUGUUUGUUUGUGCUGCCUGUAAUUCCUCUCUUCUCAAGUUACAAUGAGAGCCCAUACUGAACCUGUCUCCAGGGUCUUUCACCGAAACCCAAAGCUACAUGCCUCAGAUCUGUAGUAAAGGCUUACACACAUUAACCAGAUAUCUCAUGUUAAACUCCAGGACCCUCCUGCCUUUACCAGCUGCAUCCCUCUGUAAACCUCUCGUGUGGCUUGUGGGAUUGCUUCUACCGUGUGUUUAGAUGUUUUCUGCUAAAUCUGUCAGUGAUGCUCAUGAGUCUGCAAGACUUGAUAGAGAUUAUUAUGGCUUCACAAUCAAAGGACCUACAUUCAUCCAUUCCUCUUAGCUGAGAGAAGUAUAAAAGUCGAGUUAAGGCCAAGGACUGAACAAAAUAGUUGGGUGGGUUUUGGUUUUUACCUGCUUUAUGUCCUGUGGAGCAGAUAUGUCAUACUGAGAGGAAUUCUCAGUAAACAAAGGAUCCUCUGUAGACUUGAGAUGCUUUAGAUUACUUUAGUAAGGGGCAAGUGAGUCUGUGGUCAAGUGAGGGGCCUAAUUCUGCAUUAAGCUCUGGCCAGCUAAUGUGAAGAUUGCACAGUUGCUUUUUAACAUAUCUAGAUUUUUUUUUUUCUGGGGGUGGGGGAAAGUAAUCUGAACUGCCUGAGAUCAUUUGUUUGUAAUUAUUUUGACAAAAUGCCCAUUUGUGUUUUACAAUUUGUCCUAUUGCUGGAGUACCUCCUGUGACCAUAGGUUGGCCUGCUGUCUGGCUGGAUCAGCACCAUCUGCAGGGGUUCAAAAGUCACAGAAGAAAAUCAUGUGGAACCAGCUUAAUUUGAAGUUAAAAAGCACAACCUUAAGCGGAUCAGAGACUUUUUCAAAAUAAGAUUCUCUACUUUUUUUUUUUUCCUUUUUCUGGUUUUAAUGUUUCCCCAUGUGGAUAAGUUAUCAAGAUGUCGUGGAAGCCUAGAAAUCUCCAGACUUUUGAAGCUUUUCCUCAAACUGGAUGGAUAUUGGAAGAACUAGACUGGAAGAAAAUUACUGAACUUGCAAAACGCCACCUAAAACCUUCACCUCAGCCUCACUCUUUCUGGCAAGCAGGACUUGACUUGAAGAACUGAUUUGAGGCACUGGAAAUGUGUUUGGUGAAGAGUUGAUUUUUAAUCAGACAAAGAUGAUUGUAAUUUUUUGCUUUGCUUUUAUGGUAAUUAUAUAUAUAUAUACUGUUACUGUAAUAUGUUAUAUUUGUUCUACAUCUAAUAUAUUUAAUUUAAAACACCUGAAGGUGCAGAUUUUUAUUUCAGAAAAUGGUUAUUUUAUGUUUUUUUGUUUU